UAUGAGCCUAGGAGUUUAAAAUUACCAAAAGGCACUAGCUGGAACGCGGAUAAAGUCGAAUGGUCUACGCGUUUUAAUUGCCUCCCGAAGAAGGGGUUUCCUCCUCUCUAAAAGUUUGCGUGUGUGCGCUCGGGCGAAGCGGGCGUGUCACAAGCGAGCCGAGGACCUCCAACAGGACAAAUCUCCUGCCAGACAAGCCUUUCGGCUGUCGACAGUCAUCAAAGCGGCUUAAAGUUCCAGUAUCCAGUGCAAACCGUCUGGGCCAAACAGACGCACUCUCUAGCAUUGGGCCCGUGCUGGCAGGAACUACAAUUUUCCAGCAAUAGAAACACAAUUAUGGCGAAUUCGAACAAAGCUCCGUCAAAGUUCGUUAACAACAAUAAUAGGGAAGGGCGCAAGAAACGCAGCUGCAACCACGGCAUCAGUAGGGGCCACAAAAUGUAAUCGGCCAAGGACGCAGAUCUGAAAAGGGCCCACUCAGUGAGCAGUGGGCAACGGUCAACGGAAACAGCAAUAGCCACCUCUGCAUCGCAACAAUCGACAACAAGCGCAACCACAACAGCAGCAACAUUAAGAAACCACACAAAAAUACGCAACAUAAAUGAAGUUAACAAUCUGUCAAGUUGCUAAAUUAUUGCUGCUGCUGACAGCCUUCUUCUUUCUCGAUUCCCCCGGCGCUGCCUCUUUAGCCUUCGGCUUGAAUCCUGCCUCCUCCCCUUCCUCCUCCUCCUACCACCCAGAAACCACCAACCUCCCGGCAUCGGGUGUCCUUGUCCUGCAUGCGGCCAAGAUAGAAACAGAUUUCACAACAACGCCAGCUACAAAAUCGAAUGCGGCUACGCGGACUUCCCUUGCGACAGCGACGGCAGCAACACUUAGCAGCAAUUCAAUUUGGCCGACAGCAACACAGCCAAAGAGUCCACGUAAUGCGCGUGAGUCUGAACGUCAGAAACGUCAAAAGCAACAGCCCGCAACCCAGCAUCAGCAACAGCAACAGCAACAGCAACAGCAACAGCAGAAACAUCAGCGCCCGCAGCGGCAACAGGAGCAGCAACGUCAACGAAUGGCCGUUUUAAUACCUUCCUCGCUGCACGUUGAUAUGACGCAUGUGCAACAGGGGUUCCAGAAUUUCCUCGACUUUUUCCAACUGCAUUUAUCUAAUGUCAGCGUCGACUUCCUACGUGAUGUGGAUUUAAGUGGCUUCAUUAAAUUACUCGAGCUGCCCAAAUACAAGAGCGUUGUAAAGACUUUAAAUGCGGGCAUUAACGUAGACACCGACGUGGACCUCAGCGUGGAUGUGAACAAGUUUGCGAAUAUGGACAUUGACCCGCCCAGCCAGCCACGUCAGCAACAUCACCAGCAUCAGCAAAAUUUGCAGCAGCGAGGGCGAGGGCGGGGGCAGGAGAAGGAGCAGGAGCCACAUCCUCGUCAACAGCAGGACUCCAAAGCGAAGCAGUUGUCAGCGGACCAGGAGGCCUCCUUAUCUUUCGGCGGGAAUGGGGAAAAACUGUGGAACGACGCCCGCAGCUUCUCUGGUCACUGUCAUCAGCUGGCUGAGCAACUGGCCCUCGAUUUUAAUAAGACCAUCGUCCUGUGGCCCUGUCCGCGAAUGAAAAUCUCCAGCAAUUUCCUUCCAUCAUUCGAAGCAAUUUCCCAAGCCGUGCAGAGCAUUUCCACCAAGUUGAACUGGUCGCAAGUUGACAUCUACGUCGGCGACGACAAUUGGGGUCUAGGACUGGCCAUUGCAGCCAACUUGCAUGUGCCGUAUCGCAUCGAAAUUGGCAGGACAAUACGUGACCUGCAUUCGCUGGAUAAACCGAGCAAAGCAAUUGUUAUCACUGCUCCGCUGAACGAUGAGAGCACCACAAGCCUGCUGACCAACAUCGAGCAGGAGUGGGCACGGCAGGUGAAGGAUUCAAGGCCCAAAAGGCAGCACAUCAAAGUUCUCCUCAUCGACAUGGCGGCCAGUUCAUUCGACACCCAGCAUAGAUUCUACAAAUAUUUGGCACGGAUGAGUGGGCCCCAAAGGGGCAACUUCGGAGCCAACGCCAGUUCCCCGAACGCAAUGGUCAGCAGCAAUCUUUUGGUGUUGACUCUGCUAAGCGAUAGACAUCGACACUUUCUGAAUGCGGCCGGAUUGAUGGCAGCAAUGCAGAAUUUUCGCACGCCCCUCGGAAGCGAUAAAAAUGGAAACAACACGGAGUAUCGCCCCACUGGCCAUCGCAAUGCCAGCCUGGUCAAACUCUUACCGUACCGCAACCUUUUCCAACUCUACGAUACGGUUGUGACCACUGCCAACCAAGCGGGCACAUCGGAAGGUGGUCCCAAAUAUGAUUUCGUGGUUCUUGACAUCGUUAGGGACUUGCAGGCGGCCAGUUACAAGUGGCGACCCCUGCUUAUCCUGGAGCGCAAUAGAGGAAGGGAACAGAGUGAAUCAGAGGACAACAAGGGUGGCUCCUAUAUUACCCACUCCGUGCAACCUGGCUACGACGAGUGGCUGCUGGUCAGUAGUGUCCUCCUGUGGCAGUGCGGCGCCAUCUGCUGGACCAUCGCGGUUAUCUGUGUCGCCCUACUGAUCAUCAUCGUGGCGGGCAUUGUAGCUGCAGGAAUUGGCAUGAGAAACUACUUCUUAAGGAAGCGUCUCUCCAAGGGACCCAACAAGAUAGUCCUUUCAGCCAGCGACUUUGUCUUUCCCGUAGACUCUCGAAGGGUUGAUGAGGGCAUAGAGGCCAUGCUUUGCUGUUGGCUGCAGCAGUUGCAAGAGUUUGGUGGCCCCGAAGUAGAUAAACCGGAUCUCCUCAAAGGCUCUAUUGGGUCUCUAAAGAAUCUUGGAUUCGUCAUACCAGGUGCUGCUGCUCCAGGUAGUUCAGCUGGAACAGUCACAGCCACGACGAAUGGGAAAGGCACAUCCACCACCACGGGCAGCUUGGCCAGACAUAAUCCCGCCCAUCUGGACAUGAGAGCUCGAUACAAUGGUGAUCUCGUGCAGCUAAAGGAGGUUCAUAUGAACGGUUCCAGUGAGUUGCGCACCAAAGCGAUGGAUCUACUCGUUAUGGCCCAUGGCCUAAGACAUGAAAACAUCAACCCACUAAUUGGGUGGCUGUCAGACCCCAAUCGCACAGCCAUGGUCUUCGAUUACUGCUCCAGGGGGUCGCUGCAGGAUGUGCUGAUCAUGGAUGAGAUUAAACUGGACUGGUCAUUUCGGUUGAGCUUACUCACCGAUCUGGUGAGGGGUAUGCGCUACCUGCACACCUCACCCUUGAGGGUGCAUGGGGCUUUGACUUCCAGGAACUGCGUAGUAGAUGCACGAUGGGUCUUGAAAAUCACCGACUACGGCUUAAGCUCAUUUUACGAAUCACAGGGACUGGCGCCAAGGCCCAGAAGUGCCAAGGAACUCUUGUGGACAGCUCCGGAACUCCUUCGGAGCAUGAAGCAUCAACAGCAGCACCACCACCAUCACCACCAGCACGGACGUAUUCAGUUGGGAACACAGCUCGGUGACGUCUACUCUUUCGGAAUCAUCAUGCAGGAAGUGGUUGUGAGAGGAGAGCCAUACUGCAUGCUUUCUCUUGCCCCAGAGGAAAUAAUAGCAAAAAUCAAAAAGCCUCCGCCCCUUAUAAGGCCCUCCGUUUCCAAAGGAGCUGCUCCGCCGGAGGCUAUCAAUAUAAUGCGCCAAUGCUGGGCUGAGCAGCCCGAUAUGCGUCCCGAUUUUAACUCAGUUUAUGAACGCUUCAAGAUGCUGAACCAUGGACGCAAGGUGAACUUUGUGGACACCAUGUUUCAGAUGUUAGAGAAGUACUCGAACAACCUGGAGGAGUUGAUCCGGGAACGCACCGAACAACUAGACAUUGAACGAAAGAAGACUGAACAGCUGCUGAAUCGCAUGUUGCCAAGUUCGGUUGCUGAGAAGCUGAAAAUGGGCUUGGCCGUCGACCCCGAAGAAUUUUCCGACGUAACCAUAUACUUUAGCGACAUUGUUGGUUUUACAACAAUCGCAGCCCAUUGCAGUCCCGUGCAGGUUGUGGAUUUGCUUAACGAUCUCUAUACGAUAUUCGAUGCCACAAUCAAUGCCUACAAUGUGUAUAAGGUGGAGACCAUUGGCGAUGCCUAUAUGGUAGUGAGCGGGCUGCCCGUGAAAAUACCCGACCAUGCCGAGCAGAUAGCUACUAUGGCCUUGGACCUGCUGCACCAGAGUGGUCGCUUCAAUGUGAAACAUCUACCCGGAGUUCCACUCCAACUGAGAAUUGGCCUCCACACGGGUCCCUGUUGUGCCGGAGUGGUCGGCCUCACAAUGCCCAGGUACUGUUUAUUUGGGGACACAGUGAAUACGGCAUCGCGAAUGGAGUCCACCGGAUCCUCCUGGCGAAUCCAUAUGUCCCAGGAGACAAGGGAUCGACUAGAGGCUCGUGGUGGCUAUGCCAUCGAACCAAGAGGCCUCAUCGACAUCAAGGGCAAGGGCAUGAUGAACACCUUCUGGCUUCUGGGGAAAAAGGGAUUUGAAAAGCCACUGCCGGCACCACCGCCUAUUGGAGAGUCGCAUGGCUUGGAUGAAUCAUUAAUUCGCAACUCGAUAACCAUGAAGGCUCAGGCCACCAAAUCUCGGACAAGUACGAAUCCUUCCUCGUCGCAGAGUUCAUCGCUGGCUGGGGAAUCCGUAGAGGUAAAGGUCGAGAUAACGCCACCUACGAACGCGGAUUUGGGUUCCGGGGCCAAUCUACCCAACUCAUAUUCCUUGGACUCCAAUUCCACCAACACAAUUAGCCCGAAUGCUACCCUCUGUCCUGAGCUACCGGGAAAGACGACCCCAAGCAGUACAAGUCCACAAUCGCGGAAGCUCUCAGAACUGACACCGGAUAAUCUUCUGAACCCGAACAGCUUUAAUCGGCAGCCAAAUUCAACGGGAGGAUCCAGCUCACGCCUGUACAAAAAGAUCGAGGAGAUGAUGGACCUCAGUUCGCCGUACAACCACUACAAAUGCCUCAGUCCCAGUGAAAGUAAUCUUACGCAGUUUUACGAUGGAAAGUACCUUUACGGUAAUGCGGGGGGCGGAGCGGGAAGCGGAAAGGGGGGCGGCGGCGCCUGCUCUUCCGUAGUCGGAACCGGAAGUGGUUGUGGAGGAGGAGCCGCUCGAUUCGAUAGUAAGCCCGGCUCCAGUCGCCUGCUGCGUCGGCAGUUCAGCUUAGAUCGAGACGACCAGCAGGCGAAGGGAGAGCAGCAACACCACCAGCACUCCUUGCAGGCCACCACUUACUCCGCCUUGGUAGGGGGUGGUGGUGGGGGAGUUAAGAGCUCAAUGUUGGACAUACCCUUUUUGCACGACACCUCCCGAAGUCCCAAGGGAACGUUGACGAGGGCCCACAAGCAGAACUCUGCCUCGAUCACCCAGGAUCUGGAGAAGAUCGAAGAGAUCCCGCUAUCGCCGGCCUCCUCACAGCACCAUAGUAGCCUAGACAGUAAUCUCAACCGCAGCCCGCCCUCGACACUGGAGGCGCAGUCGCCGCCGUUGCCGCCCCUGACUCCGCCCCAGCUAUCCGCCCCAACAUCGCCAGCUCCAUCCAGGACACUGAAUGGGAUCUUUGCCCACAGCAGCAAUAGUACGAACAACAGCAGCUCGCAUUCCCAUGGGUCGGCCAACAACAAUAAUGGCAACCAUUCCGGCCCAGAGCUGACCCUCAACGUGAUGCAGCUGCUGAGCAGGUAGGGCACAAUCUAAGGUCCUAAGGAAAGGGCGCCGAUUAAAGCUUUAAGUCUCAUACGAACCCAGUUUGAAUGUUUGACUGUAUGAGUUGUCGAGGUAUCGGAAGUGGGAAAUGUCUUCUAUUUUCCUUACUCUAAUAAAUUUUCGUUUUUUCUCCUCGUGUGAAUGUGUCAGUUAAGCCCCCCUCUGUACCAUAAUGUAAAAGGUCAUACAGACUUAUACAUCUCUCCAGAAGAGUAUGUCCCUUGUCAAGCAAAGGUGGUUCUAGAACGUUAAUAAAUAUUUAAAACUUUUUAUUUUUACUGGUUUUUUAAAUUUAUCACUCUGAAAGACUGUAUUUAAAAUGGUAGUUUUGUGCGUAAUUAAAAAUCCGAGUUUUGAAUUAACUUUGUGAAAAUUGUCAACGGAUUACAUUUCCCCAACGUUUUACCCAAACCCAGAGAUUAGACUAAGCCUGGGAAUGUUAAUGAUUUGAGUAUGUUGUGAUGUGAAAAGUAAAGUACCUAGAGAAUGCUAGCUUGGUUCUAGCUGAAACUAAAAGUACAGAUAAGGUGAGCAAUUCUAUGUGCGACUAAUACCAAGGUCACUGUCCAUUAUCCAUAGGAACAAUCUUCGUUACGCAAAAUCCCCUAGCCAAAUCUUAUACCCAAAUCAUUUUUAUAUUACAAUAAAAUUCCGAUAAGACUUUGCGGAACUCUUAAAAACAUUUUCUUUUAAUUUAAAUGAUUAGUUUAAAUAAAGGUUUUCGUAUAUAUUACUCAUUACGUAGUAUAUACUUUAUCGAAUCGCUUCCUCCUAUUUUUUAAAUACUUUCCAACGAAUACUCUUAGGCAUUCACAUACUACUAUUUUGAGCAACAUAUGAUAAUAUUAAAAGCAAAAUUUAUCUUUUGUAUUUUUCUAUUUGUUUAUUAACAAAUGCGUUUCAUGAUGUUGAUCAAACUACAUAUAUCUGAUCCGAAAAUUCGGCCUAUUUUUGGUUCAUAUCCGACUGGUUUUUUAAUUAAACUCCAUGAAGGGAAUAUACCUAGUAAGAUAUAUGUGUACACGAUGUUCCUUUUAAAAAUCAAAGAAAUAAUUAGAACAAAUGUAAAUUAUGUGGGAAUAUAAAUAAAUAUAGCGAACUAUAAAUCGUAUUUAUGAAAUAAGCAUCGGAUACGUGAAUUUAGUUUUCUAAAGACAAUCGUUGUUACUUUUAAAAGAAAACCAACUACAUGAAUAAGGAAAACCCCAUAAAACCGAUAAGGGUUUGUCUCCAUGUCUAUGAAAUAUAAUAUAUUUUGUAACCGCUCUACGAAAGCCUAGUAAUCUACUCUCAUCAAGUGCGUGUGUGUCGUACAUAUACUAAAAAUAUCCACAUAAAGGACAUUGAGAUAAAAUAUCAGUUCUAAUAUAUACAUACUUUUAGACUGUAGUCUCUAUAUAAUUCCAGCGGAAUAUAAUUCAGAGCCAAAUAAAACUAUCUCACAAAAUUUUGUAACCAAUUAUAGCUCUAAGAAUAAUCAGAUUGCUUCAAACAAAUUUUUAUUUUCCCUGUAUUUAUUGGUUUCAUAUUCAGUGGAGCUCAAAUUUAGGGCAAUUACUAGUCAAUUAAGGCCAUAAAAACUCAGCAGAUCAAUAAAAUGUGUUCCUUUCCUGCCACGUUCCUUCAUCUGGGAGUAAACCAUUAUUUUGCAUUACGACGGCCCUGUAUAUGCCGCCGCAGUCACUUAUUUUUUAAACAGUAUUUUAUUUUUAGUGCGUAUUUAAGCCCCGACAGAGACCACUCAUUAAUUAAUGGGUGUACAAAGAAAUAAAUAAAUUCAUUAAUAAAUUUAAUAUAACCUGGA